AUGCUAUUUGAUAGAUUAUUGGGGUUGUUUAAAUCAGAUAACCAGUAUUCUCAACUUCUUAACAUUAAUGAUGACCAAUUUAGUGGUAUGUCAUGUGAAUUAGUCAGGUCCAAUGAGUUCAUACAGUGCAUGAACAUAGUUAUCAACAAUUUCAGGCAUAAAUAUGAAAAAAUCAAUAAAAAAUUCAUCAAAUACCGGAAAUUGGAUCCAGAACCAAUCAAAUUGAAGAAUGAGAUCAGAAUACAACUCUACCACAUGAGAAAGGUCAGAGAAUUGUUCACUAGAGCACUGAAUGUGGUGACCAACUGCAUAUUGGUGCAUCAGAAUGAUAACAGGAUUGUUCAAAUUAUGAAGAUUUCCACCGAAAUGGCCAGAUUGGAGAGUAUCAUCAGUAACUUGACUAUCCUAUCAAACAGUCUCGAUUUGUUACUAAGAACGUGA